AAAGCUUCAUUUAUUCAUUCAUUGUGUGAAGUCAUCAUUGUUAUGGCAACCCUUUUCAUGGUUCCUUGCCAGCAUCAAUUGCUGAAGAAGUUGCAGAGCCAUUGCCAUCCAAAGCCAGCAGCACCAUCAAACUCCAUUAUUAGGAGUGAGAAAAGUUCUUCAUUCAGUUUCAGAAGCAAUGCCAAUGUUCCUUUUCAUGAACUUCCUGGGGCUUCCUUUGAUCAAUACAUGGAUGACAAGCACAGAGUUCUGAGAGCUGUGUUUUCUGGUGACAAAGGAACAACUAUACAGAUAAAUGAGGAAGAAUGGAGGAUAAACAUGCCUACCAUACAAUGCCUAUUUCUGAGUGUGAAACCAGUAGCAGAUGUGAGAUUAACAUUCAAGUCUAAAGGGGAAGAUUAUCCCCCUCACAUUCCUCAUCAUGUCACCAAAGUUCUUGAGCUUCACUUUACAAGGUGGAAGCUAGAGGGUCUGAGUGCCCUUUACAAGGACCCUUACCAGAUAAACCUUGAUGUUAGAGGCACCAUAUACCCAGAAAGGAAGGGAAAAUAUAGUUGGCUCAAGAAUCAGAUGGACAUGGAGAUAGCAUUUUGUGUUUCUCCAGCAACAGCUUUCAUUCCUGAAAGCGUCUUGCAUAAUGCCAUAGAGCUGGUUUUCAAAACAGUGUGGGAUGAAAUGAAGAAGGAAUUCCAUGGUAGAUUACUGCAAGAUUAUAACAAGUUCAAGAUAAACAAGAACAAGAAGAUUUCUGUAUAAACUUAGUGUUCUAUCUUUGUAAUUCUGAUAAACUGUCAUGAAUCUCUCUGUAAAGGAAAAAGAGAGAUUCAGAUUUCUCUGUCUAGCUUUCAACAUUUUCAGUCUGCACUUUGUACAUAUGCAUGGAUUAUUUUUUCCAAAUCAUUUUUCAAUAAAAUAAGUAAAUAUGCUAUUAAAAUUA